AUGGAGGCGGCAGGUGCGCUAGCAAGCUUGGCUCCGUCGCCCAUCACGGUGUUGGGGCUCAUACCACUCCUGGCUCUGGGCAUCACCUACUUCAGAUACCAACAGUUCGACCCGGAGUCGUAUAUCACAGACGUCAAUGCGGUGCUGCCGUUGUACGAUUUCGUGAUAGUGGGCGGGGGCUCGGCGGGCGCGGUGGUGGCCUCACGGCUGUCCGAGAUCGGCAACUGGACGGUGCUGCUGCUGGAGGCCGGCAUCGACGAAACCGAGAUCUCCGACAUCCCCGCGCUCGCCGGAUACACGCAGCUCUCUGACAUGGACUGGAAGUUCCAGACGACUCCCUCCAACAACCGCUCCUACUGCCUCGCCAUGAACGGCGACCGCUGCAACUGGCCCCGCGGCAAGGUGCUCGGCGGCUGCAGCGUCCUCAACGCGAUGGUCUACGUCCGCGGCAACCGCAACGACUACGAUCUGUGGGAAGCACUCGGCAACGACGGCUGGUCCUACGACCAAGUGUUACCCUACUUCCUGAAGUCCGAGGACAACCGUAACCCGUAUCUGGUUAACACGCCGUACCAUCAAGCUGGAGGGUAUUUGACGGUGCAAGAAGCGCCUUGGCGGACGCCUCUGUCUGUUACCUUCCUGAAGGCUGGCAUGGAGCUCGGUUACGAGAACAGGGACAUCAACGGCGCGAAGCAGACCGGGUUCAUGUUGACGCAGGCGACCAUGCGGCGCGGCAGCCGCUGCAGCACUGCCAAGGCGUUCCUCCGCCCCGUCAGACAGAGAGAAAAUUUACACAUCGCACUCGGAGCUCAGGUUACACGAAUACUCAUCAAUCCUGUCAAAAAGCAAGCCUACGGUGUUGAAUUUAUAAGAAAUGGUCAGAAGCAAAAAGUUAGAAUCAAGAGAGAAGUGAUCAUGUCCGCUGGCGCGAUAAUGACGCCAAAACUUAUGAUGUUGAGUGGCAUAGGACCGGCUGAUCAUUUGAGGGAGCACGGGAUACCGUUAGUAGCGAACCUGAAGGUAGGCCACAACUUGCAGGACCACGUCGGUCUUGGUGGACUGACCUUUGUCGUAAACAAACCUGUAACAUUCAAGAAAGACCGCUUCCAAACCUUUGCUGUGGCGAUGAACUACAUUCUGUACGAGAAGGGACCGAUGACAACCCAAGGAGUGGAAGGUCUAGCAUUUGUGAACACAAAAUACGCGCCGACUUCUGGCAACUGGCCUGACAUUCAGUUCCACUUCGCGCCCAGUUCGGUGAAUUCUGACGGCGGCGAACAGAUUCGCAAAAUCCUGAACUUGAGGGACAGAGUGUACAACACCGUGUACAAACCGAUAGAAGACGCUGAGACUUGGACGAUCCUGCCACUUCUACUGCGCCCGAAGAGUUCCGGCUGGGUGAAGCUCCGCAGCAAGAACCCCUUCACGCCGCCGUCGAUCGAGCCCAACUACUUCGCUUACAAGGAAGACAUACAGGUCUUAGUUGAGGGAAUUAAAAUAGCGAUGGCGAUAUCCAACACGACCGCUUUCCAAAGGUACGGGUCGCGGCCCCUCAACAUUCCCAUGCCGGGAUGCCAGCACCACACGUUGUUCAGUGACGAGUACUGGGAGUGCUGUAUUAAACACUUCACUUUCACCAUUUACCAUCCGACAGGAACUUGCAAGAUGGGUCCUAAGCACGACCAGGACGCGGUAGUAGACCCGAGGUUGCGCGUGCACGGGGUCGCCAACCUGCGGGUGGUUGACGCGAGUGUUAUGCCCACAAUUAUAAGCGGUAACCCCAAUGCUCCCGUCAUCAUGAUCGGUGAGAAAGCCUCCGACAUGAUCAAGGAGGACUGGCUUGCGUUAUGACAGAACGAGUGAGUUAAUUGAGACAAGGUCGCAACGUUGGCUCGGUCAACGUAGAAAGUUCGAUCUUUUGACAUUUAAACAUUAUACCUGCGAGAUGUAACAAGCGCUUAUGAAAGUUCAACAAACAACAAACAAAAUAUACUGUGUUAAAACUGUGUAUGAGUGUGUGUGAAAUACUCCAAAUUCGAACUAUUGAAAACAACUAUUUAUAUCCCAAGAUACUCUUAGUGUUUGCUAGUGCUAGUACCUAAGUAGAGUUACGGUGUAAAUAGACAUUUUAAGGACUAUAUUUUGUGUUCUAAAAUAUUGAGUCUUAGUUAUAUUGUAAUGUGAAUUACCUAUUAGUUUGUAUUUAAUAAAAUUAUACGUUUUAAAAAUAAA